AGCUGUGUUCAGCAGCGAGUCAACCAUGGGAGCGGGCAAGUAUUUCGCGGCGGAUGCUGUGCUGCAGCCGCACAGUUUGUGCAAUACUGAUUCUCCAUGUACAAGGUAUCCGAGAAGAUGUGCAUCUGGAAGUUGUAGAUGCGCCAGCGCUUCAGCCGCGCAAGGCGCAGCAUAAAGAGCCAGGCCAUGACCAUGGCCACCAUGGCCACCAUGGCCACCAUGGCCACCAUGGGCACCAUGGGCACCAUGGGCACCAUGGGCACCAUGGGCACCAUGGGCACCACGGCCACGGCGAAGUCUCCGAAGGAGACCUCAAUAAUGCCUUGGGCCUGCUGGUCACAGCAGUGAUGGUGCCAUCGGUGGUGUACAUGGCACUUACAGAGGGUGCUGUCGCCGUGAUGACGUUGAAGAUGAUCGAUGUCUUCGUGUCCAUUUUUCUGGCGGUGCUUUGGUACAGCGUUUGGGCCCAGGCCCUUGACACCUUUGGGGUGCUAGACAACGGCUGUGCAAUCGUCAACACGAUCAUGUCUGUUAUCGCCGUGGUCUUUCUCUAUGCGGCUGCCAACCGAAUCGCGUUCUAUCUGCGGGGCACGAAGACUCCCUUGAUCACCUUUGGCUCUUGCGCAGGCCACUUCAUAGCGUUCGCAGGCAUCGGCAUGUGCAACAUGGCGCAGUUCCAGCUCAGCAAAUAUCCUGGCAACUCCAUCCCUAUCACGGGCUCCUUUCUCUUUUGCGUGGGCAUCGUUGUGGUCUUUGUUUGCGUUUCCCUUGUGAACAACAAGGUUUGGCUUGGAGCCGUGGAGCAUCACUUGCUGCGAGAGGUGCUACAAGAAAUGGAGCUUGACAUCAUUGGCCUCGUGCUGACCUACUGUGUAACUCAAGCCUUUCGGCACCUCGUUGCAGGCGUCUUCCCGCCUUUGGAGGAGCACCAAGCCAAGGAGCAUCUGGCCGAAGUGCCGCACGUCGGCGUGGAACUGGCUGCUUGGCUCGUCAGCUGGGUGGUGAUAGGCUGCGUUUUGCUGCCUCGCGUCCACACCUUUUGCCACAAUCACAGCAUCAUUCACCUUGUCAAGGUCUCCGUCAUUAUGCUUGUUGCAUGGUCCUACUUGGAGUACUUCGACUGGUUCUUCGAGACAUACGGCCACACGGAGGGCAGCUUCGGGCACACACUUUUUGCAACUCUUACAACCUUCGCGGCCCUGACGCUCUUGCAGCUGAUGGCUUUCGUGGAUAGCAGAGGAUGGUCCAAAGACUUCCGCGAGACGCGAAACAUAGGCAUCACAGGCGUCGCACUCACGGCGGCAUGGAGCUGGGAACAUUGCUACAAGGAAGCCUUUGACGUCGUCGGAGAGCGUUACCAGGUGGGCUACAAAGGCCUGGUGCCAAAGCUCUUCUUGGCGCUGGUGCUUCCUUGCUUCAUGCUGCCGCCGUACGUCAUGCACAUCAAGACCCGAGUUAUUCGCAAUGAGGAGGCAGAAGCUGAGGACAUGCUGGACGCAGGCCACAAAAACGCAGAUGAAGUCGAAGAUCUGCAAGGCCGCGAAGACUCUAAGGGCCACGAAGACUCUGUGGAGGAGGGCGCAGGCACUCCGCUAGGGCUGCGGGGCAAGAGCAUGAACACAGGCAACCGCUCAGGCCACAAAGACUCGAAUGAGGGCGCCGCGCUUGCUGGGCUGCGGCAGAGCAUAACCACAGGUCACGAAGACUCUGUGGAGGAGGGCGCAGGCCACAAAGACUCGAAUGAGGGCGCCGCGCUUGCUGGGCUGCGGCAGAGCAUAACCACAGGCCACGAAGACUCUGUGGAGGAGGGCGCAGGCCACAAAGACUCGAAUGAGGGCGCCGCGCUUGCUGGGCUGCGGCAGAGCAUAACCACAGGCCACGAAGACUCUGUGGAGGAGGGCGCAGGCCACAAAGACUCGAAUGAGGGCGCCGCGCUUGCUGGGCUGCGGCAGAGCAUAACCACAGGCCACGAAGACUCUGUGAAGGAGGGCGCAGGCCACAAAGACUCGAAUGAGGGCGCCGCGCUUGCUGGGCUGCGGCAGAGCAUAACCACAGGCCACGAAGACUCUGUGGAGGGCGCAGGUCAGAAAGAACAGCCAUCUCACGCCGCAGGCCCAGCGACAGCAGCGAGCUAGCGCCUGCAGCUACGGCAGUAGUAGAUGGGGUUUGCUGGCUUGGGUAGUCUCACUCCCUGAGUUCUUGGACGUU